AGAAGAGAUUGACUGACUAUACGACAAAUAGAUAGGAAGGGAGGAGCCAGGUUGCCAAGGUGAAUGUAGACUACUGUCUACUCUACGGUAUAAUCCAGACCUCAUUACUAAACACGACACCGCGCUCAUGAUUGCCGCACAUCGUUCAUUAAAGGCGAUACCAAGAAACCAGAGGAAAUUAGCGUGAAACGGACGAGUAGCAUCACUCACUUAAUUUGCGGUCAAGGCAACAUAAAAUACUUUAUGAAAUCUGUAUUUACUUUAUUGUUAAAUAAACCCGAAACACCUUGGUUUACCUAUUUCCUUGCUGUCAUAAACUGUGCGCUCAGAUGACAUUUCAAUGGAACGGAGCGAGUCGUGUUUCUGAUCCAUCAGGAAGACGUCCUGGCAACAAAGCGUGACGUUGAGAGUCCUCUGGAGUUCUGAGGUGCCAGAACCCAUCAGAACCCAUAGUCUGGGGAUCAGGGUGCCAGAGGGGGGACGCGGAACCAAGUGGAACCGCUCAGAACUCCGCAGGAGUGUACGGAACCCCUGGGCCUGGCCCUGUGUCCUGGAGGAGGCAGCUGAGGGACGGACCGGGGGCGUCACGUGGCACUGCUCUGCCUGACUCCCACCCAGACCUCACCCCUCAGAGGGCCCUCUCAGCCUGCCUGCUGGGAAGAAGAGCAGGCCUUCAAUCUCAGUGGGAAGGAGGAGCAGUGCUCUGUGUUUAUUUGUGUUUUCAUUAAGCUGUGCUUUUUCAGGAUACCUGGACAGUGGAUGUGAUUUAGACAAGGAGUUUUGCAGUGAGACUGCAGGGAGAAUGUAGAUGACCUUGUUUUACCUGUAAAGAACCAUAGGACAUCUGGUCUGCAGUGACCAGCAGGCUGGUAAACAACUGAUCACACCUGGCCUUUGGACUACAGAAGCGCCUUUGAGACAAUACUGUUGGUGUGGGUGUUGUUGUGUGGGUAUGAAGACACUGGACAGCCGGUCAUUUUAACAGGGAUCAUGUACACUGUCAUCAGGGCUGAUCUGAGACAUCAGCUGUCACACUGAUAUAAGAUGACUAAAAAUCAACAGAAGACUACACAUUCAACCAAACUCCUCUGGAGACUGGAGCCCUGUUUUCCUGUCUCCUCAGUGACAGUCAGUGCUAUUUGAUUUAACGUAUCUCCAGUCCAGUUGGCUCCUCAUUUAACGCACCUCGGUAGUGCCAAGUCAACUAGUUUCUCAUCACCAUGGUGAUGUCCCAGGGCACAUACACCUUCCUGGCCUGCUUUGCUGGGUUCUGGCUGGUGUGGGCUCUCAUCGUCAUGCUGUGCUGCUUCUGCAGCUUCAUCCAGCGCCGUCUGAAGAAGAGGAGGGAGGAGAGGCUGAGGGAGCAGUGUCUGAGGGCCUUGGAGAUGGAGCCAUUGGAGUGCCUGGGCCCAGAUGGGUUAGGAAGGGAACCCCCCACCAGAGAACCCCUCCAUUUCUGCCCCCCACUGACCCUCUCCCCUCCGCUGCACAUUCUUCACUCCCUCCCACAGGGCAGCUGGGCCUCCCCUCAAGAGACGGACGUGUUUGGAAAGCCCCCCUGCUAUGAGGAGGCUGUUCUGAUGGAGGACCCCCCUCCUCCCUACUGUGAGGUGCUGGCUGACAGCCGGGGGGGCACCAACACCAAGCCCUCCUCCCGGGCCUCCAGGCUGGAGCAGCAGGAGACUGAGACCUCCAAGACUCCUCCGGUCACAGUGUUCUCAGAGAGGGGCUACUCCUCCCUGAUCCGCCUGCCCACUGCCCGACGCUGGGACUCCCUGGGUCACCUGCUGUCUACCAUGGACCUCAACCACAACACCCUCCCCAUGGAGCCCCUCUCCCUGCAGGCCCAGGCCACCACUACCAUGCCCCGCGAGGGCCGGACUCACACACAGCCAGAGCUGGGGCUGAGAAGUAUCCAGGGGCUCAGGCGGCUAGAGCAGAGCUGUGGCCUGCCCACGUCCUUCCCUCUGCUGGGUCGCAGCACGGCAGUGUAAGCCUGAAUAAUCCUCCUGGAGGUGGGGGUGAGGCUGAAGCUAAGGACGCUGGGUUGAGGUGGAGAGGCAUUGGGUUGGGUUUGAGGAGGGGCGUCUGGUUUGUAGAGUUGGACUGAUGGAGGGGGUAGAGGAGGAAAAACACCUUUUAGACUCCCAGCAGCCAGAGGUGUUGUUCUCUGCUUUCUUCUGUGCAGUGAGAUGAGGACAACUUUUCUAAAGAUGACAUAUCUGCCUUCCUCUCAUCAUCCCUCUUUUAUCUUGCUUUGUCUCCCUCCAUAUCUGUCUCGCUCUAUUCUCUCUCUCUGGCUGUGUUGAUCUCUCUAUUCUCCAUGGCGUCGCAGCCUGAUGCAGAGCAGCUAUUACACCGAGGGUACAAAACAUUUGGAACAUCUUCCUAAUAUUGAGUUGCAACCCUUUUUGCCCUCAUAACAUCCUCAAUUCGU